UAUUGCUGCUGGGGAGAAACUCCACAGAUUCAGAGAAAGGGGAAGCACAUAAAAGAAGUGUACAAAAUAUAGGGAACUUCCAGUCGAGUCAGCUGAGUACACAGCCAGUGAGACUUUUUAUCCAGAAACUCAAGGAGAAAUUGAAUAUGGGUGUCCUUACGUACCUGCUUUUGUUAAAAACUUAAUGGCUAUUCUUUCCUACAAUAUUAAUGUAGUUCAUCGGAAUCUGAAAAAUUCAAAGUAAAGGUCACAUUAUUUUAAAUUUAUAAAUGAAAAAACUAAGAUUAUAUAAAUUAUAUAAAUAAAAUGUUCUUGUUUAACUACCAUUUCUUAUCAUUUUACUUCACUGGUUUGUGGUUAUUGUUAAUUGCCAUUGAGUAACCUUUGUGUUUGCAAGAGGGAAAGUUAACGGAUUCAUUGCAUGAAAGAGGAACCAAAAUACAGUUUCUCUCAUUCUACUUGAUUAAGUCAGAGGGCUUGAUUAAGUCAGAGGGUUUUUUUUCUCUUAUUGAAAAACAUGUAGGUUAAUGAUGCAUCUGCAGUCUUUUACUUGGAAAAGAAUGUAAAGUUACUCCCAUUCAAAUACGUGCAGGCACUUGUUUUCUCUAAUUCUACUUGAUUAAGUUAGACAAUUUUAUUAAGUCAGAGGGUUUUUUUCUCUCAUCGAAAAACAUGCAAGUUAAUGUUGUUUUUGCAGUCUCUUAGCUGGAAAAGAAAGUAAAGAUACUCCCAUUCAAAUACAUCCAGUGACUUGGGCUUAUAGGUUUUGAAUGUACAGUUUGUUUUACCUGGGCAUGAAUGUGCAUUAAAAAUAUCUUGAGAGCAGAAUGCUGUCUCUCCUGUGCAAGUACGAGGCUAUAGCGAUGUAGUUUUAUUGAGUGAACAUUAGCUUCCAGGUUUUUCAAUAAGAAAAAGAACCUCUGAUCUAAUCAAAUAUGCCUAACUUAAUCAAGUAGAAUCCAGGAAAACAAGGGACUGCACCAAUUUGAAUGGGAGUAACUUUACAUGCUUUUCAGCUAAGACUCUGCAGAUGCAGCAUUAGCUUGCAGGUUUUUCAAUAAAAGAAAACAAACAAAAAAAAUCUGAUCUAAUCAAAUGCGCCUAACUUAAGUAGAAUCCAAGAAAACAGGGGACCGCAUGGAUUUGAAAAGGAGUAGCGUCACAUUCUUUGCCAACUAAGACACUGCAGAGGCAGCAUUAGCUUGCGUGUUUUUCAGUAACAGAAAAAAACCUGAUUUCAUCAAAUCCUCUGGCUUAAUCAGGCAGAAUGAGACAAACUGUCCUUUGGUUUCUCUUUCAUGCAAUGAAUUCAGUAACUUUGGCUCUUGGAAACACAAGCUUUACUCAGCAAAACUACAUCGCCGUAGUCCAUGUACUUGCAGAGGAUAUACCACACAGUGCUAUCGUUCAGAGAGUCUUAAUACACCUUCCCGCAGGGGUAAAACGAAGUGCAAAAUGAAAACCUAUGAAACCCAAGAGUCUGCAUGUAUUGGAAUGAGAGCAACUCUUCAUUCUUUUGCAACUAACAGACUGCAGAGGCAACAUUAGCUUGCACAUUUUUCAAUAUGAGAGAAAACCCUCUGACUUAACCAAACCUGCUGACUUAAACAAGUGGAAUGAAACUGUAUUUUUGUUUCUCUUUUGCUCAAUAAAUUUGGUAACUUUGUCUCUAGCAAGCACAGGGUUUAGUCAGCAAAACUACAUUGCUAUAGCCUGUGUACUUGCCCCGAAAAACCUGCAUGGUGUUCUCGUUGAGAUUGUUAACGCACAUUCGCACUGGGUAAGACAAAGUCCUUAUUGAAAUUCAUUAAAACCCAAGUGUCUGCACGUAUUUCAAUGGGUGUAACUUUACAUUCUUUUCCAACUAAUAAAAUGCAGAGGUAACAUUAGCGUGCAUAUUUUUCAGUGAAAGAAACAUGUUUUGAUUUCAUCGGAUUCUUGACUUAAUCAGGCAGAAUGAGAGAAACCGUAUUUUGUUUUCUUUUUUGCUCAAUGAAUUCGGUAACUUAGCCUCUUGCAAACACCAGAUUUAGUUAGCAAAACUUCAUGGUGGUAAAACAAAUACUUGCAGAGGAAAACUACAUAGUACUAUCGUUAAGAGAUUCUUAGUGCACUUUCAGGCCCAGAUGAAAACAAAGUGCAUAUUGAAAUCCUAUAAAAGCCAAGUGUCUCCACAUAUUUCAGUGGGUGUAGCUUUACGUUCUUUUCCAACUAAGAGACUGCACAGACAACGUUAGCUUCCACGUGUUUCAGUAAGAGAGGAUACCUUCUGACUUCAUCAAAUCCUCUGACUUAAUCAGGCAGAAUGAGAGAAACUCUAUUUUGGUUUCUCUUUCAUUCAAUGAAUUUGGUAACUUUGAGUCUUGCAAGCACAAGGUUUCCUCAGCAAAACUACAUUGUUGUAGCCUUUGUACUUGCAGAGGAAUAACUAUAUUGUAUUAUUGUUAAGAGAUUGAUAAUGCACAUUCACGCCCAGGUAAAACAAAGUGCAUGUUGAAAUCCUAAAAACCCAAGUGUCUGCGUGUAUAUGAAUUAGAGUAACUUUACAUUCUUUUCCAACUAAGAGAUUUCAGAGGCAAUAUUAGCUUACCUGUUUUUCAGUAAGAGAAAAACUUUCUGACUUCAUCAAAUCCUCUGACUAAAUUACAAAGAAUGAGAGAAACUCUAUUUUGGUUUCUCUUUUAUGCAAUGAAUUCGGUAACUUUGACUCUUGCAAAUACAAGGUUCACUCAGCAAAACUACAUCAUGGUAGCCCAUAUACUUCAGAGGAAAAACUACAUAGUCUUAUCCUUGUUAAGAGAUUGUUAAAACACAUUCACGCCCAGGUAAAACAAACUGCAUAUUGAAAUCAUAAAACCCAAGGGUCUGCACCUAUUUUAAUGGGUGUAACUUUACAUUCUUUUCCAACUAAGAGACUGCAGAGCAACAUUAUUUUGAAUGUUUUUCAAUAUGAGAGAAAACCCUGUGACGUAAUCAAACCUCCUGACUUAAUCAAGUCAGAUGACAGAAACUGCAUUUUCAUUUCUUUUUUGCGCAGUGAAUUCAGUCACUUUGGCUCUUGCAAACACAAGGUUUACUUAGAAAAACUACACCAUGGUAGGCCCUGUACUUGCAGAGGGAUAACUACAUCGCGUUUUCAUUAAGAGAACGUUAAGGCACAUUCAUGCACAGUUUUAAAAAAAGUACAUAUUGAAAUCCUUUAAAACCGAAGUGUAUGCACAUUUUCCAAUGGGUGUAACCUACCAUUCCUCCCCAACUAAGAGAAUACAGAGGCAACACUAGCUGGCAGGUUUUCAGGAAGAGAAAAACCUUCUGACUUCAUCAAAUCCUCUGACUAAAUCAGGCAGAAUGAGAGAAACUCUCUUUUGGUUUCUCUUUCAUGGAAUGAAUUUGGUAACUUUGACUCUUGCAAACACAAACUCUACCUCACUGUAGCCCGAAUAAUUGCACAGAACAAUCUGCAUGGUGUUCUCUUUAAGAAAUUGAUAAUGCACAUUCACGACGGGAUAAAACAAAGUGCAUAUUGAAAUCCUAUAAAACCCAAAUGUCUACACGAAUUUCAAUGGGUGUGACCUAACAUUCUUUUCCAACCAAGAGAAUCCAGAAGCAACAUUACCUUGCAUGUUUUUCAAUAUGAGAGAAAACCCUCUGAUGUGAUCAAACCUCCUGACUUAAUCAAGUGGAUCAGAGAAAGUAUAUUUUCGUUUCUCAUUCAGGCAAUGAAUUUGGUAACUUUGCCUCUCCAAACACAAUGUUUACUCGCAAAACUACAUCGCGGUAGCCCAUAUACUUGCAGAGGAAAAACUACAUAGUGUUAUCAGUAAGAGAUUGUUAAAGCACACUCACGCACAGGGAUAACAAACUCCGUAUUGAAAUCUUAUGAAACCCAAGGGUCUACACCUAUUUCAAUGGGUGUAAUGUUACUUUCUUUUCCAACUAAGAGACUGCGGAGCAACAUUAGCUUGCAUUUUUUCUAUAUGAGAGAAAAUCAUCUGACUUCACCAAGCCAUAUGACUUAAUCAAGUGGGAAGAGAAAAACUGCAUUUUCGUUUCUCUUUCGCACACCGAAUUCAGAAACUUUGGCACUUGCCAAUCGAAGAUUCACUGAGCAAAACUACAUGGAGGUAGCCCAUAUACUUUCAGAGGAAAAACUACAUAAUCUUAUCAUUGUUAAGACAUUGUUAAAGCACAUUCAUGUCCAGGUAAAACACAGUUCAUAAUGAAAUCUUAUAAAACCCAAAGGUCUGCACCUAUGUCUCUUAGUUGGAACAGAACAGAAAGUUACACCCAUUGAACUGUGGGCAGACACAUGAGUUCUCUGGCUUUCAGUAUGAACUUUGUUUUACCCGAGACUAAAUAUUAUUUCACAAUAUCUUAAAGUUAGCACUACCUAGAUGUUCCUCUGUAAGUUACAGGGGCUACCUAUAUGUAGUUUAGCAGAGUAAACCUCGUGCUCGCAAAAGCCAAACUUCCUGGGUUCACUGCAUGAAAAAGAAACCCAAAGACAGUUUCUUUCAUUCUGCCUGCUUUCGUCAGGGGAUUGGAUGAAGUCUGAGAGUUCUUUCUCUUACUGAAAAGCAUGAAAGCUGAUGUUGCCUCUGCAUUCUCUUAGAUGGAUAUGGGAAGUUACACCCAUUGAACUGCAGGCACACACAUGGGUUCUCUAGGAUUUCAAAACGCACUUUGUUUGACCUGGGCCUGAAUGUGCUUACACAAUCUCUUAAUGCUGACUUUACAUAGUUGUACCUCUUCAAGCUACAGGGCUACCACAAUGUAGUUUUGCUGAGGAAACCUUGUGCUCACAAGCCAGACUUACCAAGUUCACUAAAUGAAAGACAAACCUAAAGUCAGUUUCUUUCAUUCUAAAUGCUUUCGCCAGAGGUCUGGAUGAAGUCACAGAGAUCUUCCUCUUAAUGAAAAACAUACAAGCUGAUGUUGCUCCUGCCCUCUCUUACUUGGAAAAGAAUGGAAACUUAAACUAAUUGAACUGGAGACAGAAACUUGGGUUUGCUAGGAUUUAAUAUGCACUUUGUUUUCCCUGGGCAUCAGUGUGUUUUCACAACCGCUUAACACUACCACUUCAUUGUUGUUUCUCUGUAAGAACAGUGGCUACUGCUAUGUAGUUUUACUGAGGAAACCUUGAGUUUCCAGGAGCCAAACUUACUGCUUUCACUGCAGAAAAGAGAAACCAAAAGACAGUUUCUCUUAUUCUGACUGCUUUCAUCAGGGGGGAAACCCUGGUGGCAUAGUGGUUAAGUGCUACAGCUGCUAAUCAAAGGGUCGGCAGUUCAAAUCCACCAGGCGCUUCUUGGAAACUCUAUGGGGCAGUUCUACUCUGUCUAUAGGGUCGCUAUGAGUCGGAAUGGACUCGAUGCCACUGGGUUUGGUUUUGGUUUUGGUUUAUCAGAGGACUGGAUGAAGUCAGAGAGUUCUUUCUCUUACUGAGAAACAUGUAAGUUGAUGUUGCCUCUGCACUAUUUACUUGGAACGGAAUGGAAAGCUACACCCAUUGAACUAUAAUCGGACACUUUGGUUUGUUAGGAUUUCAAUAUGUGCUUUGUUUUGCCUGGUCAUCAAUGUGCUUUCACAAUCUCAUAAGGCUACCACUAAGUAGUUGUUUCUGUUCAUGAACAGGGGCUACCACGAUGUAUUUUUCAUGAAAAAAUCUUGCUUUUCCAGGAUCCAAAGUUACUGAGUUCACUGCAGGAAAGAGAAACCAAAAGACAGUUUCCCUCAUUCUGCCUGCUUUUGUCAGAGGAGUGAUUGAAGCCGGAGAGUUCUUUCACUUCCUGAGAAACAAGAAAGCUGAUGUUGCCUCUGCACUCUCUUACAUGGAAAGGAAAGGAAUAUUACACACUUUGAACUGCAGGCAGACACUUGGGUUUGCUAUUAUAUCAAUACUCAUUUUGUUUUCCAUGGGUGUCAAAGUACUUUCACAAUCUCUUAAAGCUACCACAACGUAGUUGUUUCUCUACGAAUACCCAGGAUAACACAGUGUACUUUUGCUAAGGAAACCUUGCAUUUCCAGGAGCCAAAGUUAUGGAUUUCGCUGCAGAAACAGAAACCAAAAGACAGUUUCUUUCAUUCUGCCUGCUUUACUCAGAGGACUAGAUGAAGUCCAAGAGUUCUUUCUCUUACUGAGAAACAUGCAAGGUGAUGUUGCCUCUGUGCUCUCUGACUUGGAAAGGAGUGGAAAGUUAAACCCAUUAAACUAUAAGGAAGCACUUCAGUUUGCUAGGAUUUCGAUAUGCACUUUGUUUUGCUUGGUCAACAAUGUGCUUUCACAAUCUCUUCAGGCUACUGUGUAGUUGUUUCUUUUCAUGAACAGGGGCUACCACGAAGUAAUUUUGGUGAAAAAAAUCUUGCAUUUCCAGGAGCCAAAGUUACCAAGUUCACUUCAGGAAAUAGAAACCAAAAGACAGUUUCUCCUAUUCUGCCUGAUUUCUUCAGAGGAAUGGAUGAAGUCAGAGAGUUCUUUCACUUACUGAGAAACAUGCAAGCUGAUAUUGCCUCUGCGCUGUCUUAGUUGGAAAGGAAUGGAAAAUUACACCCUUUGAACUGCGGGCAGACACUUGGGUUUGCUGUUAUAUCAAUACGCACUUUGUUUACUGUGGACGUCAAACAGCGUUCACAAUCUCUUAAUGCUAACACUACAUAGUUGUUCCUCUGCAAGGACAGGGGCUACUGUGAUGUAGUCUUGCUGAGGAAACCUUGCAUUUCCAGGAGCCAAAGUUACUGGUAUCACUGCAGUGAAGAAAAACCAAAAGACAGUUUCUCUCAUUCAGCCUACUUUCAUCACGGGACUGGAUGAAGUCAGAGAGUUCUUUCUAUUACUGAGAGACAUGCAAGCUGAUGUUGCCUCUGUAGUCUCUUACUUGGAAAGAAAUGGAAAGUUACACCCAUUGAACUGUAAGCAGACACUUGGGUUUAUUAGGAUUUCAAUAUGCUCUUUGUUUUCCCUGGGUGUCAAGAUGCUUUCACAAUCUCUUAAUGCUAACACAAUGUGAUUGUUCCUCUGCAAGGAGAGGUGCUACCUCAAUGCAGUUUUUGUGAGGAAACUGUACCUUUCCAAGAACCAAAGUUGCCAAGUUCAUUGCAGGAUAGAGAAAUCAAAACACAGUUUCUCUCAUUCUGCCUGCUUUUGUCAGAGGACUGAAUGAAGUCAGAGGGUUAUUUCUCUUACUGAGAAAAAUGCAAGCUGAUUUUUCCUCUGUGCUGUCUUACUUGGAAAGGAAUGGAAAGUUAUACCCAUUGAACAGCAGGAAGACACUAGGGUUUGCUGGGAUUUCAAUAUACACUUCUUUUUUUCCUAGGCAUCAAUGUGCUUUCACAAUCUCUUAAUGCUAACACCACUUAGUUGUUCCUCUGCAAGGACAGGGGCUGCCACAAUGUGGACUUGCUGAGGAAGCCUUGUGUUUCCAGUAGCCAAAGUUACCGAUUUCACUGCAGUAAAGAGAAACCAAAAGACAGUUUUUUUCAUUCUGCCUGCUUUCAUCAGAGGACUGGAUGAAGUCAGAGAGUUCUUUCUCUUACUGAGAAACAUGCAAGCUGAUGUUGCCUCUGCAAUCUCUUACUCAAUAGGAAUAGGAAGUUAAGCCAGUUGAACUCAGGCAGACAUGAGUUUGCUAGGAUUUCAAUAUGCGCUUUCUUUUCCCUGGGCAUCAGUGGGCUUUCACAAUCUCUUAACAUUACCACCUCGUAGUUGUUUCCAUGCAAUAACAGGGGCUACUUGAUGCAGUUUUGCUGAGGAAACCUUGAGUUUCCAGGAGCCGAAGUACCAGUGUCACUGAAGGAAAGAGAAACCAAAACAGUCUCUUUCAUUCUCCCUGCUCUCGUCAGAGGACUGGAUGAAGUCAAAGAGUUCUUUCUGUUACUGAGAAAAAUGCAAGCUGAUGUUGCCUCUGUGCUCUCUUACUUUGAAAAGACUGGAAAGUUACAUCCAUUGACGUAUAAGCAUAUACUUGGGUUUGCAAUGAUUACAAUAUGUUGUUUGUUUUCCCUGGGCAUCAAAUGUCCUUUCACAAUCUCUUAAGGUUACCACUUCAUACUUGUUUCUAUGCAAGAACAGAGGUUACCGUGAUGUAGUUUUGCUGAGGAAACCUUGCGUUUCCAGGAGUCAAAGUUCCUGAUGUCACUGCAGGAAAGAGAAACCCGAAGACAUUUUCUUUCACUCUGCCUGCUUUCUUCAGAGGACUGGGUGAAGUCAGAGACUUCUUUCUCUUACUGAGAAAUAUGCAAGCUGAUGUGGCCUCUGCCCUCUCUUACUUGGAAAGGAAUGGAAAAUUACACCCAUUGUGCUAUUAGCAUUCACUUGGGUUUGCUAGGAUUUCAAUAUGCUCUUUGUUUGCCCUGGCCUUCAUUGUGCUUUCACAAUGUCUUAACAUUACCACUUCAUAAUAAUUUCUGUGCAAGAACAGAGGAUAAAGUGAUGCAGUUUUGCUGAGGAAACCUUGCAUUUCCAGGGGCCAAAGUUUCCGAUUUCACAGCAGGAAAGAGAAAACUUAAGGCAGUUUCAUCCAGUCUACUAUCAUCAGUGGACAAGAUAAAGUCCAAGAGUUCUUUCUCUUACUGAAAAACAUGCAAGUUGAUGUUUCCUCUGUGCUCUGUUACUUGGAAAGAAAUGGAAAGUUACAUCCAGUGAAGUAUAAGCAUACACUUGGGUUUGCUAGGAUUUCAGUAUGCCCUUUGUUUUCCAUGGGCGUCAGUGUGAUUUCAGAAUCUCUUAACGUUACCACUUAGUAGUUGUUUCUAUGUAAGAACAGAGGUUACUGCGAUGUAGUUUUGCUGAGGAAACCUUGUGUUUCCAGGAGUCAAAGUUACCGCUUUCACUGCGGGAAAGAGAAACCUAAAGACAGUUUAUCUCAUUCAGCCUGCUUUCCUCAGAGGAAUGGAUGAAGUCAGAGACUUCUUUCUCUUAUUGAGAAACAUGCAAGCUGAUGUUGCCUCUGUGCUGUCUUACUUGGAGAGGAAUGGAAAGUUACACCGAUUGAGUUGCGGGCACACAGUUGGGUUUGCUAGUAUUUAAAUAUGCACUUUAUUUUUCCUGGGUGUCAAUGUGCUUUCACAAUCUCUUAAAGCUACCACUAUGUAGUUUUUUCUAUGCAAAAAUCAGGGCUAACACGAUGUAGUUUUGCUGAGGAAGCCUUGUGUUUCCAGGAGCUGAAGUUAAAGAUAUCAUUGCAGGAAACAGAAACCGAAAGAUAGUUUCUUUCAUUCUGACUGCUUUCUGCAGAGGACUGGGUGAAGUCAGAGAGUGCUUUCUCUUACCGAGAAACAUACAAACUGAGGUUGUCUCUGCGCUGUCUUACUUGGUUGGAAUGGAAAAUUACACGCGCCGAACUGCAAGCAGACACCUGGGUUUGCUAGGAUUUCAAUAUGCACUUUGCUUUCACUGGGGGUCAAUAUACUUUCAGGGUCUCUUAAUGCUACCACUAUGUAGUUGUUUCUAUGCAAAUACCUUGGUAACGUGAUUUAGUUUUGCUGAGGAAACCUUGCAUUUCCAGGAGCCAAAGUUACCCAUUUCAAUGCAGGAAAGAGAAACCAAAAGACAAUUUCUUUCAUCCUGCCUGCUUUCGUCAGAGGGCUGGAUGAAGUCUGAGAGUUCUUUCCCUUCUGAGGAACAUGGAAGCUGAUGUUGCCUCUGUGCUCUCUUACUUGGAAAGGAAUAGAAUGCUCCACCCAUUGAACUCAGGCGGACAUUGGUUUGCUAGUAUUUCAAUAUGCACUUCGUUUUCCCUGGGCAUCAAUAUGCUUUCACAAUCUCUUAAGGUUACCACUUUGUACUUCUUUCUAUGCAAGAACAGAGGUUACCGCAACGUAGUUUUGCUGAGGAAACCUUGCGUUUCCAUGAGUCAAAGUUACCAUUUCACUGCAGGAAAGAGAAACCUAAGACGGUUUCUCUAAUUUUGCCUGCUCUCAUCAGAGGACUAGAUGAAGUCAUAGAGUUCUUUCUCUUACUGAGAAACAUGCAAGCUGAUAUUGCCUCUGCACUCUCUUACUGGAAAAGGAAUGGAAAGUUACAACCAUAGACGCAUAGACGUAUAAGCAGACCCUUGGGUUUCUAGCAUGUCAAGAUGCUCUUUGUUUUCCCUGGGCGUCAAUGUGCUUUCACAAUCUCUUAAUGCUAACAAAAUUUAAUUCUUCCUCUGCAAGGACAGGUGCUACGGCAAUGCAGUUUUUGUGAGUAAACCUUACGUUUCGAAGAAACAAAGUUACCGAGUUCGUUUCAAGAAAGGGAAACCAGAGACAGUUUCCUUCAUUCUGCCUACUUUUGUCAGAGGACUGGAUGAAGUCAGAGAGUUCUUUCUCUUACUGAGAAACAUGCAAGCUGAUAUUUCACCUGUGCUCUCUUACUGUGAAAGGAAUGGAAAGUUAAACCCAUUGAACUCAGGUGGACACUGGUUUGCUAGGAUUUCAAUAUGCAGUUUGUUUUCCCUGGGCAUCAAUGUGCUUUCCCAAUGUCUUAAGGUUAUUAUUAUGUAGUUGUUUCUAUGAAAGAACAGGGGUUACACGAUGUAGUUUUACUGAGGAAACCUUGCAUUUCCAGGAGCCAAUGUACCAAUUUCACUGAAGGAAAGAGAAACCAAAAGACAGUUUCAUUCUGCCUGCUUUUGUCAGAGGACUGGAGGAAGUCAGAGUGUUCUUUCUCUUACUGAGAAACUUAACAAACUGAUAUUGCCCCUGUGCUCUCUUACUGGGUUGGAAUGGAAAGUUUUACCUGUUGAACUGUAAGCAGACACCUGAGUUUGCUAGGAUUUAAAUAUGCACUUUGCUUGUCCUGGGGGUCAAUGUACUUUCAGAGUCUUUUAAGGCUGCCACUGUGUAGUUGUUUCUAUACGAAUACCCAGGAUAACACGAUGCACUUUUACUGAGGAAAUCUUGCAUCUCCAGGAGCCUAAGUUACCAAUUUGAAUGCAGGGAACAGAAACCAAAAGACAGUUUCUUUCAUUCUGUCUGCUUUCAUCAGAGGACUGAAUGAAGUCCGAGAGUUCUUUCUCUUACUGAGAAACAUGCAACCUAAUGUUGACUCUGCACUCUCUUACUUAGUAGGAAGGGAAUGUUACUCCCAUUGAACUCGGGAGGACAUGGGUUUGCUAGGAUUCCAAUAUGCGCUUUCUUUUCCCUGGGGGUCAAUGUGCCGUCACAAUCUCUUAAUGGUACCACUAUGUAGUUGUUUCACUGUUAGAAGAGGGGAUACAGCAAUGUAGUUUUGCUGAGAAAAACUUGCUUUUCCAGGAGCCAAAGUUUCUGAGUUUAUUGCAGGAAAGAGAAACCAAAAGAUAGUUUCUGUCAUUCUGCCUGCUUUCAUCAGAGGAGUGAAUGAAGUCAGAGAGUUCUUUCUCUUACUGAGAAACAUGCAAGCUGAUGUUGCCUCUCCAUUCUCUUAGUUGGAAAAGAAAAGAAAGCUACACCCAUUUACUGUUCGCAGACACUUGGGUUUUCUAGGAUAAAAAUGGGCUCUUUGUUUUACCCUGGCAUGAAUGUGCUUUCACAAUCUCUUAAAGCUAAAACUAUUUAGUUGUUCUACUGGUUUCCAGGGCUACUGCAAUGUAGCUUUGUUGAGGAAAUCUUGUGUUCGCAAGAGCCAAAGUUUCUGAGUUCACUGCAUGAAAGGGAAAUCCAAAGGCAGUUUCCUCCUUCUGCCUGCUUUUGUCAGAGGACUGGGUGAAGUCAGAGAGGUCUAGCUCUUCCUGCUGAGUGAAGUAAGUCAGUCACAAAAGGACAGAUAGUGUGUGAGAUCAUUAUUAUAAGAACUUAAGAAAAGGUUUUAACACAGAAAAAAAAUUAUUUGAUGGCUAUGAGGGUGGGGAGUGUGGGGGGAGGGAAAAUCACAAUUUUUUUUUUUUUUUUUACAUAGUAGACGAGGGUCAACUUCAGUGAAGGGAAGGACAACAAACAAUACAGGGGAAGUCAGCAAACUGGAUCAAACCAAAAACGAAGAAGUUUCCUAAACACAUUCAAACACUUUGAGGGACAGACUAGCUGGGACUGGGGAUGGAGAUCAUAGUUUUGGGGUAUAUCUAGGUCAAUUGGCAUAAUAGACUCGACAGCAGUGGGUUUGUUUUUUUGGAGAAUGUGCUAAAAAACAAAACCCUUUGAACUGAGAGGAUUCUGACUUAUAGCAACCAUACGGGACAGAGUAGAACUGCCCCAUAGACUUUCCAAGGAAUGGCUGGUGGAUUAGAACUGCUGACCUGUUGGCUAGCAGCCAAGCUCUUAACCACUACACCACCAGGGCUCCAAGAGAAUGUGUUGCGAACCAUGAAAUCAGGAGAGGAGAGUGGAUAUGCUGAGUGGAAGUGGGAAAAAGUGCUAGGUACAGAAGUGGAGCUACAAUGAUUGUCUUGUUUUUGUCAACAUUUAGAAUAAACUUUGCAGUGUCAGCAUUUGUGUUUGUGUAUGUGUAUGUUUGUGCAAGCCUUUCCCUUCUGUUUUACCCUUCAUAGUCUUCUGAGGGGGGUAUUAGAUAUGGGCCAGGUUGCAAGGAGUUUCAGUGUAGUGUGAUGAUUUGACAUACUCAGUUAAAUUAAUUCGCUCAAAAGUCCCCAUUCCAGACCUUGUAGUUCCACUCUUAUUAAUGCCUUUCCUUUCACAUGUAAAUCUGUUAACAUACCUUAUUGAUUUAGCAAUCCAGAGGUUCAGCUUUGCAUCUGACUUCGUUUUAACCAACCCUUUUUACCUAUAUCAGAAUAUACACUAAUUAUGAUAAAUUUCUUGAGACUGUCUAUAGAUGCUCCCAUGUUUGGAAUCCUUUCUCCCCUGGUUGUUCUUACUUAAUAGUUAUCUUUUUUGUUUCAUGGAUUAUUUUUUCUUAUCUAUAUGAAAAACUUUUUAAAAUGUUUGUUGAAUUAUUUUUGGAGUAUUUCUUGGGGGACAGAAUAUACUAUGAUGUGUUACGUUUGCUGCCUGUCUUUCAUUGUUUUGGCUUUUCAACAUUAAAAUCCUGCUUCCUGUCUCCUUAACUGCUGCCCCAAAGUAGAGGAAAUUGGCAGAAAUGGUUUAGGCAUCAUGCUGACAUUCAGGAUAAGCUUUUAGACCUCAUACAUAGUAAUUUCCCUGUCUCUGGGUGAGUUUGGAAACCCUAGUACCAUAGUGGCUAAGUGCUAUGGCUGCUAACUAAAGGGUCUGCAGUUCAGAUUCUCCAGGUACUCCUUGGAAACUCUAUGGAGCAGUUCUACUCUGUCCUAUAAGGUCGCUAUGAGUCAGAAUCGAAUCAAAGGCAAUAGGUUUUUUUUUUUUUUUAGUUUUAGGUGAAGUUUAACCCCCAUAUUCUGAACACCCGAUGCAUGAAGUUACACGUAAAUAGCAUUGCAGCUGUGCAGUAAGAUUAAUAAUGUUACUGAUGUAACUUAUAUGAACUUCCUACGUGUAAACCCCUUAAAAGUAACCUUCCAUUCCCUCUCACUGAGCAGCGUUGGCAGUAGCAACCCUGACUAUUUCUUUCCUUAGCACCACGAAAUAAAGGUGCCUUUCUACACUCUUAUCUCAGUCACUGGUUUAUUAGCUGAUUCAAGCCAUGCCGACAAGAACCUAGGGUUUCCACCCAGCAAAAAUGAGCACUUCCAGGUAAUAAUAUCUCAUAUUUAUCAAAAGGUAUAUCAUAGUCAUUCUUCAGAAUUUCAUUAAUUAUAAUCAUCACAACAGUUCUGUAAAGUAAGUUCUAUUAAUAUUUUCAUAUUUUAGAUAAUAAAAUGGAGGUUCAGAGAGGGUAAAUAAAUUACCCAAGUUGAACUCAUGAGGAAUAAAUAAAUAGUCCAAGUUCACAUUGGUCUUAAGCAUUAGAAUCAAGUUUCAAACGUGGUCUAGCUGCAGGUUCCAGGCUCAUAACAGCUACUCUAAAUUACUUCUUAAUGUCAGUUUUCUGCUUUAAUAAUGUCAUCCCUGAAAUAACAGAAAGUAUCAGAUUAAAAGAAGAGAAAUAGCAGUGGGGUUCAUAAAGUAGUGAAUACCUAGGAUAAUUUCUGGGAGAGAAAAUAAAUUCAAUAAAGACAAUGAAUAAAUGAAUUGAAACAACAAGCUAAUCAGUUCAUUUUGGAUGCAGGACUUGCUCAAACUAAAUAAUGGAAAACCAUCACAAAGUGGUUACAGAACAUGGGCAGGUUUGUAAUAAAUGUGCUGUGGGGGGAUAUUAGGAAUUAUCAUUAAGUCUGGAACAGGAGCAAUGGUUACACAGUGGUUAGAGCUCGGCUACUAAUGAAAAGGUGGACAUUUCAAAUCCACCAGGUGCUCUUUUGAAAUUCUAAGGGGCAGUUCUAGUCUGUCCUAUAUGGUCUCUAUGAGUCAGAAUUGACUGGGCAGGAAGAAUCUGGUCUUUUGGUUUAGUAAGGAAGAUGCUAAAAAUAAUAACAAGGAAGUUCCCAUUUAAGAAAUGAUUUGUGAAUUUCUGCCUUGAAAAGUUCCGCCACCUUUAAAAAUAAAGGUAGAAGUAGAAUUUUUUAAAAAAUAGCUAAAUCAUUAUCACUAAUGAUGUGUAGAAGUUGGCCAGGGGCUUGUCAAGAUUGAUGUUACUUCCUUAAAAAGAGAGGUCUCUGAGGAGAUUUUUUCCCUACCAUCUUCUACUUUCUGGAUUGUGUUACCGUUUGAGCUUCAGUUCUUAGCAAAUUUAAUUUUAGGGCAAGAGAUUGGCAAAUAUAUUUAUUGGCUUUGAUUUUGCUGAGCUACUGAACCAAUGAGAGCCUUCAGGCCCCACUACUGGACUUUUAAUUUGUUUUAAUAAAUUAAAACUUCUUCCUUGAGCUAAUGUUUGAGUGAUCCAUUUACUUAUUGAGUGUUUCAUUAAAUACCUGGGAAAACAUUUCUAGAUGACACAAGGGGCAGAGGAAGAGGGACAUGCAAUCACAAAGGUUGGGCAUCAUGGAAUCGUAGGCUGUGCCAUUCAUAUAGACUAAGAUGUGAAGAAACCUGCUGAAAAUGUGCAAUAUAUUGGGUAUUGCCAUGGUUAAUGUAAACAUCCAAGUGCUUCCCACCACAGUAUCACACAUACCAAAAGGAACAACAGGCAACGCAGUGAUAUACAUCAACCCAAAGAAAAGAAAUUUGUCUAAUCCACUUAUAGUUUUUCAGUGAAGAAGCUCCUGAAAAUAGGAAAGACAGAAAUAGAGACAAUGAUGAGAAAAUACUGAGGAGCUUUUUUUUGAUAUACAAGUUAAAUAUUAUUACAGUGAGAAUAAGAAAUAAUGUGUGAUUCAUUAAAAUGUUUAAAGACUCCCAAUAAUGUUGAUAGUUGUCGUAGCUGUUAGGUGCCAAGGAGUUGGUUGUGAUCACAGGAAUUCCACGAACUACAGAAUGAAAGAAUGUCUGGUCCUGAACCAUCCUCACAAUAUUUGCUGUGUUUGAGCCCAUUGUUGCAGACACUGUAUCAAUCCAUCUCAUUGAGGGUCUUCCUAUUUUUGCUGACCCUCUACUAUACCAACCAUGAUGUCCUUCUCUGAGGACUGGCCCUCCUCCUAAGUGUCAAAUAGUACCUGCAUAUAAUUUCUCUGUAGGAGAAAGUUACCACCAAAGAGAGUGGAGUGAAGGAAUUGACAAAUCGGUGCUACAUAUAUUGAUGGAUUUCCUGGACAAAGAAUAAAUCAGUGGAGAGGUGGGCAGAAAUGCCAGGGCAUAGGAAAGUCUUGGAAUUCAAGUUAUAAAAAAGAAUGAUAUUCUAAUUUCCAGCUUAUGUGAAUGACACAUCCCUAGAACUGUUAGGAGCACGCCCUUCACAAUAAUGUGGUGUUUCUCCCAGUUUCCACAGUGUCAUAUUCAAGGAGAAAUCAUCUUAUAUUUAUAGCCUGUCUUACCUAUAUACAAUGGCAACUAAAAAUAAUAACAAACCUGUAUCAUCUCUUUGAUGAGAAGAAUAAAAAUAUUUACUAUGAUAUUAUCUUACUUAAAUAGCAGCAAUUAUAUACUACAUAAUAUAAGAAAUAACAGCAACGUAUAAGAUCUGAUGUGUCUCUAUUUAUAUAAUUACUGGCUCAAAAUAUUAGCUUAUUACUUGAAGCAAAAGAAAUGAAUCAACACUAGAGCAGGCAAAAUAAAAGUCCAGCGUUUAUUCUCUCAUAAAAAACGUUGGCAUUUUUAAAACUCUCCUCUUCAUGGAACUUUUCUUUGACCAUCACAACCAAUUGCUUCUAUGGAACUUGUGAAUUUAUAUUAAAAAAACUGAUAUAGAAAGAAAAUCUAGGGAUUUUUUUCAAGGCUUUAUUUUUUACAGUCAUUAACUUUUCGUGAUUUUUCUAAUCAUAAAGGCAUUUAGUAUCCACUCAAGUAAGCAUGAGUUCUGCAUCUUUUAAAGUGCUCUAUACAUUAGAAUGUCAGAUAAAUUGGCUUUUUUUUCUGGUUACUUUUAUUUUUGAAACAUUUUAUUAAGACAUAAGUAAUACAUCAUAUUAUUCACUCGUAUGCCUUCAGUUUUUUCAGCUUGAGAAAUGUGGAGCAGGUUCUUCCCUUUUGGCUUUUUAACUCCAAAUCUCUGUACCUUUCAUUACAAUACUUUGUCUUUUUGAGCCGCCAUGAAAUCGUCAGUUCAGUUUUUAACUUCAUUAUUUCUUCCAUUUGCUUUAGCUACUUUAUGUUUCAGGGCCUCUUCUGACAUCUGUUUUGAUUUUCUCUUUCUUUCCUCCCUUUUUAAUGAUCUUUUGCUUUCUUCAUCUAUGAUAUUUGAUGUCAUUCCAAACUUGUCUAAUCUUUUGUCAUUAGUGUUCAAUGAGUCAAAUCUACUCUUGAGAUGAUCUCAAAAUUCAUGUCGGAUGAACUCAAGGUCAUAUUUCGGGUCUCAUGAACUUGCUCUAAUUUUCUUCAGCUUCAACUUGUACUUGAGUAUGAGCAAUGGAUGGUCUGUUCUGUUGUUGGGCCCUAGCUUUGUUCUGACUGAUGAUAUUGAGCUUCUCCAUCAUCUCUUUCAGCAGAUGUAGUCAAUUUGACACCUGUGUAUUCCAUCUGGUGCGGUCCACAUGUAUAAAAUAUAGUCUCCAUUUAUGUUGUUGAAAAAAAGUUUUUUGUAAUGAAGAAUUCAUUGGUCUUGCAAUAUUCCAACAUGUGAUCUUUGGAGUCCUUUCUAUCACCAAGGCCAUAUUUUGCAACGAACAAUCCUUCUUCUUUGUUUCCAACUUUCACAUUUUGUUCACCCUUAAUGACCAGUGCAUCUUGACUGAAAUUUUGAAGAAUUCCAGCUUUCAUAAGUUGGUAAAAUCUUCAGUUUCCUCAUCUUUGCCUCACCGCUCGGUGGGUAAAUUUGAAUUAUAGUAGUAUUGUCUGGUCUUCUCUGGAUAUUAUCCUAUUACUGACAGCAUUUACUUCAUGAUACGUCUUGGAAUGUUCUUUUUGUCAAUGAGUGUGACACCAUUCCACUUCAAUUUGCCAUUCCCACCAUAUUAGACCAUAUGAAUGCCAAUUCAAAAUGAAAAAUACCAGUCGUUUUCUGCUCAGUAAUACCUAGAGUAUCCAUAUUUAUGCAUCCAUUUCAUAUUUUUUAUUAUUUCCAAUGUGUGAGAUUCAUACUUUCAUGUUCUAAUUAUUAAUGGUUUUUGCAGCUGUUUCUUCCGAUUUUGAGCAAUGCCAAUAAAAUAGGGUAUCUUAAUCUGAUAAAAUAAAAUAAGAGAGAAGCCUUAAACAAAAAAUUUGAACUAAAAGGAGGAGUUGUGUUGACUAAUAACUGUCCUCAGAGGUCCAAAAAUAGCGAAAAUAUAGAAAACACACAAAGAAAUGGUAUAUACCAUAUAUAUGAACUGUACUGAUUUUAUUCCAUUUGAAAACUUUACGGAAGUGGAUGAAUAUUGAGAGGUCUGUCCUAAAGGUAAAACAUUUUAAUCCAGAUCCCUUGGUGGGAGAAAUUAAAAGUUAACUGAGAAUAAAUGUAUCUAAAAGAAACUUACUCCCUGGUGAAUACAAAUUGUUUAGAAAAUUAACAGGCACCCUAGACAUUUUGUUAAGCUUUCAAGUGCUUCAGACAUAAUUAACACGUUGCUUGGUAUCUCCUCAGGGAGAGCCUCAAAGACUGAGAGAAAGCCAUAUAUUGUUCCGUCUAUGCCAUGUUAAGAAGCGCAUGGUGUGUCAAAGCAGAUUCAUUUUAGGUAAAAGGUAGAAUUUUUUAUGCAGUGUCACGUUUUAAUAAUGUCUAGAAUAUUUUAGUGCUAUUUUCAAGGCCCCAUUUUUAAUCAAUUACAAAGCCACAGAAAAAUAUUUAGAAUUUUGAUUCUAUUCUAUCUGCUUACCAUUAUUCUUGGUAAGUUUUUUAUGGUUAAAUGUGGACUUCAUGUAUUGACUUUUGUAGUUUAAUCCUACAGAAUUUAAUGGCUGCAUUUAUUCACUAAUAGUUUACUCAGAGACUGCUCUGCUCAUAGUGUUCAGGAAUAGAUGUAUGCCAGACAAAUAGAUAGAAAGAUAGAUAGACAGACAGACAGGUAGGUAGGUAGGUAAGUAGAUUAGAUAGAUGAUAGACAGACAGAUAGACAGACAGACAGAUAGAUGAUAGAUAGAUAGGUAGAUAGAUAGAUAGAUAGAUGAUAGACAGACAGACAGGUAGACAGACAGACAGACAAAUAGAUAGAUGAUGGAAGGACGGAAGGACGGACGGAAGGACGGACGGACACAUAUACAUACCUAGGAAGCAGUGAUCACAAAGUUUUAAACCAGCAAUUCCAUUAUUUUAAACUGUAGGGCUAUUCUUAUAUUUCUUAAAACAUUUGUGGCAUAUUCAGAUACUUUUAUUUAAGAUUAUACUGACAUUUAUCUGUAAUAUCUCCUGGUACAUAGGCAUUCCAAUGUCUAAUGGAAGUUGCUUCAUUUAAAGACAGGUUUUGAUAACUUCUAGUAAUUUACAUAUAUAGUCACAGUAUAUUUUCUUUUUCUCCUACGCUAUUGUGAUUUUUUAAACUUUUAUUUUUCAUAAAAAGUAGAGGAUACAUAUUUUACAAGCGUUUUUUUUUGACACCAAUAUUUCACUAUUUGUUCAGGUUUCCUCAUAUAUCCUAGAUUUCUCCAUGAGAAAAAAAUAUAUGUAUAUCUGAUUUGUUACAAAAAACUUAGAAUGUGUCCUUUAUAAUACAAAUGCCCAGUUGGAGGAGAAAGUAUUUUAAGUAGACCAACAAAGAAAGUAAUCUAAAGAAUGGCACUUUUUUCUUAAUUGUGCUUUAAAGUGAAAGUUUACAAAUCAAGUCAGCCUCUCAUACAAAAAUUUAUAUACACCUUUCUGUAUGGACAGUUCUACUCUGUCCUAUAGGGUCGCUAUGAGUCGGAAUCGACUCGACAGCACUGGGUUUUUUUUAUAUACCUAUUUCAUCAUGAAAAUGGUGACAAAGAACUUAAGUCACAGUCCAGAAGAAUUUACUUAUAAAUAUCUUAAGGAUCAAAACAAUUAACAACAACCAAAAAAUCAUUCCAAGUAAUUACUGUCAACAACCAAAUAAAGAUAGAUGAUGAUGAUGAUACACAGAUGAUAGAUAUAUAGAUAGACAGACAGACAAAUAGUACUAAACACACACUAUUUUAGAGUUAUUUUCAGGUAUCACAGACACAUUGAAACAUUUAAGUCUCAUUUAUUCUUCCUAACAACCAUGCAAGAAAGUGCUGGAAUAUGAUUUUUCAGGUGAGGAUAAACAGAUUCUUAUAACUGAUGUUAUUUACCCUAAGUAUCGCUUCCUAUAUAUUACAAAUGGAGAUAUAUUGUUAUUAUUGUUAGGUGCCUUCAAGUUGGUUCAGAUGCAUAGGGACCCUAUAGGACAGAGUAGAACCGCCCAUACAGAGCUUCCAGGGAGCAGCUGGUAGAUUUGAACUGCUGACCUUUUGGUUAGCCGCAGAGCUCUUAACCACCACACCAACAGGGCUCCAAAUGAAGUUAUAGCAGAGGUAUAUCUGUAUACAUAUAAUUCUAGGAAUAUUUCCAUGUAUAAAGACAAAUAAUCCACAUUGUUAUCAAUUAUAUAUCUAUCCAAAACUUGUCUAGUAUGUUGACUGUUCCAUCCUGGACCAUCUAUUAUCAUGAGUUUUAAUAAGAUAAUAUAUUGAAGUACAGGUUCAAAAUGUAUCCAUGAAUUUUUUUAAGUAUAUAAAAAAAGAAAAGUUUUAAGAAGAAUGUGAUAAUAUCCACAUAUCCAACACCUGAAGUUUAGCAUAUUAUUCUUUUUUGUUUCAUCUAUCAGGCUAUCCAUCACUCUACCUAACUGUACAUGUGUGUGUAAAAUUUGUGGAAGGUGGGUAUAUAUUCAAAUACAGUAAAAUGGAAAGUUUGGAUUUAUCUUAUUCAUACUGGGUUUGUAUACUAAAAAUCUACCACAUGAUACUGCAUUAAAGCUAUUGAUGUUGCUUAUAUCUCUCUCCAGAAUAGAUUUUCUGAUAGACCUAGAUGGAUACACACAAUCUAACAAUGUUGAACGAAUUUACUCUGACGGGAAUCACAGAGCGCCCUGAGCUACAGUCUCCAUUGUUUGGGCUAUUCCUCAUCAUCUAUAUGACCUCAGUCGUGGCAACUUGGGCAUGCUCAUUCUCACUAAGAUAGACUCUAGUCUGUAAAUGCCCAUGUACUUUUUUUCUCAGAUACCUGGCUAACACUGAUCUUGGUUAUUCAACGGCUGUGGGAUCUAAAUGUUUGUGAAUUUUUUGUUCAUGGAAAUGCAAUCUUCUAUUAUUUGUGUGCUACACAGAGAGCUUUGUUUAUUAUGUUCAUAACUAGUGAGAUUUUCAUUCUAUGUCCUACUAGCACUACGCAGCCAUCUGUUACCCUCUGCUCUACUCAGUCAUCAUGUCACAAAGGGCGUGCUGGGUGUGGGUAGCAAUCACCUGUCUCUACAGCACAUUUAUUUCUCUUCUGAUCACUAUAAAGAUUUUUAAUUUAUCCUCUGUGGCUACAAUGUCAUCACUCAUUUUUACUGUGACACUCUCCACUUGUUAUCCUUGCUCUGUUCAAACAUGCAUGAAAUGGAAUUGAUCAUUCUCAUCUUUGCAGCUUUUGAUUUUAUUUCACCACUCCUAACAGUUCUUGUUUCUUACCUGCUCAUUCUUGUAGCCAUUCUCAGGAUGAACUCAGCUGAGGGCAGGCACAAGUCUUUCUCCACCUGUGGGUCCCACCUGACGAUGGUGGUAGUGUUCUAUGGGACUUUAAUCUUUACAUAUCUGCAGCCCAAGCCCACCCACUCCUUUAACACUAAUAAAGUGGUUCCCAUAUUUUACACCUUGGUUAUCCCUAUGUUGAAUCCUUUGAUCUAUAGUUUAAGGAAUAAAGAUGUGAAAUAUGCCUUAUGUAGGACUUUAGGGGCAAUUAUGCAUUAUGUUUUCUCAAAGUUCUUUAUACCAUGUCAUUCACAUAAAUUACAUUAUGGGCUUUAAACAUUUCUUCUAUGCGCCUUCGGAGGGCAUAGCAAGCAUGAAAGUGCAGAUAAGUUCAACAUCUAUUUAUAUAGUGCCUACUAGCAGUCAGUCUACUGUGAGCUGUAAAUAAAUUAAUAAAACAGAAAAAAAAAGUUGCCUUUCUUGAGCAGGAGAGAUGCAUCAUAGGCUUAACAGGUAGGAAAUUGUAUAGUCUAUUAGAAAGUGUUAGGAUUGGUAAAUUAAAAUAAAAAAAGAGGAGUGAAUACAGAAGAGUAGAUAAAAUUUUGUAGAAAGAGUUUGCAUGUGCACACGUGUGUGCGUGUGUGUGUGUUUGUGUAUGUGUGUACACACACAUCUUCUGUUUUAGUGCUCCGGCUCUGCCCUUAGAUGGCUUACUGUAAUUGCAAGGUGCCUCAGUGUGGCUGUAUGUUUUGAAGUACUCAGUCAUCUGAAUUUGCUCAAAUGUCCCCUUUCUAAACCUUGAAAUCCCUCUCUUUCAUAAUCAGUGUCUUUACAUUCAUAUAUGAACCCUUAGAGUCUGCUUACUUUUAUAUUGUUUUUAUUAAUAUUAAAUCAAAAAACCAAACCCAUUGCCGUUGAGUCGAUUCCAACUCAUAGCGACUCUAUAGGACAGAGUAGAACUGCACCAUAGAGUUUCCAAGGAGCGCCUGGCAGAUUCGAACUGCCUACCCUUUGGUUAGCAGCCGUAGCACUUAACCACUACACCACCAGGGUUUCCUUAUUAAUAUUAUCUUAUAAAUGGUAACAAAAUAAAUUUAUUAUAUUCAGAAGGAUCAGCUCAGUAUCCGGUUUGUCUAAAUCGACCUUUUUUUUUUUUUUUUAUCAGUGUACAUACCAGUUAGGAUAAAUUUAUUGAAGUACACACAGUAGUUUCCAGGUUUUUACAUUUUUUUUCUCUACCUCAUUGAUAUCAGUUCCCAACUGCAUGGUUCUGUCUCAGAUUGUUAUCCUUAUCUAUCCGGAAAAUUAUAAUUGUUUAGAAGACAUUUUGUAAUUGUUUAUGUAUCCUUGCAUAAGAAGUCUAUUGUAUGAUGAGCUAGGUCAUUGCUUUUUUUUUGUUUGUUUGGCUGAAUUUUCUCAAAUUUGGUUAAUGUAAGUGUGCUCUAUAUUUGUUCAUCAUUUUGAUUAUUCUACUUGGAAGAAGCAAAAGGAGAAAACAAAUGUUUGAACUGUGCUGUGUUUCUAGUGAGUGAGGUGUGAUAUGUGGCAUUUUAUAUAUUUGCCAUGAUUUCUUGACAUAGUUGCUCCAUAUUCCUUCCUCAUUUUCCAGGCAUAUUUUCUUAUUUUUAUUCAUUUAAUAUUCAAAAAAAAUUUAUGAGAAAAAAUAAAGGAAAUUUUAGACACUAAGAUUUUCUAUAUUAAAAAAAAAAAAAAAACCUCUGUGUUUUAAGGUAGGACCAUAGAAGGAGGGGCGUGAUAUAUUUCCAUGUAUACAGGGACUAGGAAACCCAUAAGAAAAAAAAUCAUUGAUAAAGAGUUUACCAAAAUAGAAAUUUAAAUUUAAGAUAAUUUCCAUCCCUAGUCAAGUCCAAGCGGCUUGACUGGGGAAUUCUAUUAAGUAUUUAGGGAAAAAGAAUUAGCCUAUUCUCUAUAAACUCUUCCAGAAAACUGAAAAGGAAGGUAUGUUUCCAUUUUCUAUAUGAGGAUAGCUUCAAUCUGAUAUCAAAUGCAGACAAAAGCAUUUGAUAAAACAGCAUGCAUGUGAAAAACAUACAGAAAAAUUUAAGAAAUUGAAUCUUGAAAUAUGUAAAGGCAAUAGUAUAUCAAAUUAGGUAUGCCCCAAGAAUGCGUGAUUGGCUUUUAAAAAUCACUUAAUGGCAUUCACCAUAAAAACUAUUAGAAAUGAAAACCAAUGCCACAUAAACUGAUAUAGAAAAAUAUUUUAAAAGUCCCUAUUGUGAUAAAAUUUUGACCAAAGUAAUAUAAAAGUAAUCCAACAGAAUCAGAAAUUACUGAACAAUAUCAUUAGUAUAACACAAAAGUAAAAUUUUGCUGAAGAUAAUUCAAAAGGGUUAGUGCAUCAACAAAGAAAGUCCAGAAAUUCAAGCUGGUCAAAAGAGGAUAUAUAACAAGGGAUGUCAUUGCUGAUGUCAGAUGGAUCCUGGCUGAAAGUAGAGAAUACCAGAAAGAUGUUUACCUGUGUUUUAUUGACUAUGUAAAGGCAUUCGACUGUAUGAAUCAUAACAAAUUGUGGAUAACAUUAAGAAAAGUAAGAAUUCCAGAACGUUUAAUUGUGCUCAUGAGGAACAUGUACUUAGACCAAGGGGCAGUGAUAUACUUCUUGUUUUAAAGUCAAGGCAGGUUUGUGUCAGGGUUGUAUCUUUCCACAAUACUUAUUCAAAGAAGCUGGGCUACAUGAAGAACAGGGCAUCGGGAUUGGAGGAAGAUUUAUUAACAACCUGUAAUAUGCAGAUGACAUAGCCUUCCCUUCUAAAUGUGCAGGGGACUUGAUGCACUUACCGAUGAGGAUCAAAGACCACCACCUUUAGUAUGGAUUACACCUCAACAUAAAAAAAAAAAAAAAUGAAAAUCCCCAUAACUGGACCAGUUAGUAACAUUGUGAUAAAUGGAGAAGAGAUUGGAGAUGUCAAGGAUUUCAUUUUACUUGCAUCCAUAGUCAACACGCGUAGAAGCAGCAGUCAAGAAAUCAAAAGACGCUUUGCAUUGAGCAAAUCUGCUGCAAAAGACCCUUAAUAGCAUUAAAAAGCAAAGAUGUCACUUUAAGGAUUAAGGUGUUCCCGAGCCAAACCAGGGUGUUUUCAAUCAACUCACAUGCACGUGAAAGCUGGAAAAUGAAUAAGGAAGACUGAAGAAAAAUUAAUGCCUUUGAAUCAUGGUAUCGGCUAGGACUUCCAAAAAAAAAAAAACGAAAAAACCUGUCUUGUAAGAAGUACACCCAGGAUAUUCCUUGGUAACAAGGAUGGAGAGACUUUGUCUCACAUACUUUAGACACAUUAUGAGGAGCUAGCCCCUGGAGAAGGACAUCAUGUUUGAUAAGUAGAGAGACUUUGUCUCACAUACUUUAGACACAUUAUGAGGAGCUAGCCCCUGGAGAAGGACAUCAUGUUUAAUAAGUAGAGGGUUAGCAAAAAGGAGGAAGACCGUCAGUGAGGUGGACUGACACAGCGGCUGCAAAAAUGGUACAAGCAUAAUAACGAAGGUGAGGAUGGUGCAGGACCCGGUAGUGUUUUGUUCUGUUGUACAUAGGGUCGCUAGGAGUUGGAACCAACUCAGCAGCACCUAACCCCAAGUAGCAACACUGUUAAAAUGUAACUUACUCAAACCGAUAGAGGGCAACAAAGAACAAGUCACACCUACCAUCACACAUGCUAUGAAAGAUUGAGUAAAUUCUCAGUAAGACCAGGAAUAAAACACGUAAAUCUACCCUUACCAAAUCUGACAUUUUGUGGAUGUAGCCAGUACAAUAAGGCAAUAAAAAAAAAACGAAUAGAAAGUACCCAAAUUGGAAAGGAAGAAAUGAAACUUUUUAUUGAUAGAUGAUAGGAUCGUUCAUGUACAAUGUCUAAUAGGGCCUACAAUAAAAAAAAAAAAAUAGAGUUAUAGAAUUAAAAAUUAACCUAGCAUUUCUUUGUGAAUUUAUUUUCAGCUUAUUGGUUUAUUAAAAAAAGAGCUAUUUGGAUUUUAAGUGGAGUUGCAUUGAUUCUAUAAAUACAUUUGGGGAUUUCUUAGAUAUAACACUGAUAAUGGAUUGAGUUGUGUUCCCCAAAAUAUGUUUCAGUUUGGCUAGGCCAUGAUUCCCAGUAUUGUGUGGUUGUCCAACAUUUUGGAAUCUGAUGUGACUAUCUUAUGUGUUCUAAAUCCUAACCUUUAAGAUGUUACUAAGGCAGAAUUAGAAGCAGUUAUGUUAAUGAGGAAGGACUCAACCUACAAGAUUAAGUUGUAUUUUGAGUGACUCUCUUUUGAGAUAUAAAAGAGAGCAGCAAGCUGAGAGAAGUGGUACCUUAUGUCACCAAGAAAAACCUCGCAGAGCAGGGCACAUACUUUGGACCCAGAGACCUGGAGCUAAGUUCCUAGAUGAGGGGAAGAUUGAUGACAAGGACCUUCCCUAAGAGCCAACAGAGACAGAAAAUCUUCCCUCAGACUUGGCGUCCUGAAUUCAGGUUUCUAGCCUUCUAAACUCUGACAUGUGUUGGAAGCAACUCAACAGUAACACAUAAUUGGUGAGAAAAUAAACUUCUAUUUUUUAAAGACAUCCAACUGUAAUAUUUCUGUUAUAGCAGCACUAGAUAACUAAGACAAACAGUAGAAGCAAAAUCCGUAAGAAGCUUGGCCAAAUCAAAUUUUAAAACUCUUGCUCUUCCAAAGACACUUGUAUACAAACAAGUUAUAUUCUUGGAGAUAAUGUUUUCAAAUAACAUAUCUCAUAAAUGACUUGUGUCCAUAAUAUGUGCAGAUGGCACAGAACUAUAAAAAAGGAAACACUCUGCAAAAAAUAGCCAUAAAAAUCAACAAUAACUUAUCCAAAGAAAAUAUGCAGCUGACAAGCAUAUAAAAUGCUCGUCGUCAUUAUUAUUUUUUAUUUUUAUUGUGCUUUAAGCGAAAGUUUACAAAUCAAGUCAGUCUCUCCUACAAAAAUUUAUACACAACUUACUAUAUACUCCUAAUUGCUCUUCCCCUAAUGAGACAGCCUGCACCAUCCCUCCACUCUCUCUUUUCCUGUCCAUUUCGCCAGCUUCUAACCCCUCUUCCCUCUCAUCUCCCCUCCAGAUAGGAGAUGCCAACAUAGUCUCAAGUGUCCACUUGAUCCAAGAAGCUCGUUCUUCACCAGCAUCUUUUUCUAUCCCAUUGUCCAGUCCAGUUCCUGUCUGAAGGGUUGGCUUCGAGAAUGGCUCCUGUCCUGGGCUAACAGAAGGUCUGGGAGCCAUGAUCACCGGGGUCCUUCUAGUCUCAGUCAGACCAUUAAGCCUGGUCGUUUUACCAGAAUUUGGGGUCUGCAUGCCACCACUCUCCUGCUCCCUCAGGGGUUCUCUGUUGUGUUCCCUGUUAGGGCAGUCAUCGGUUGUAGCCGGGCACCAUCUAGUUCUUCUGGUCUCAGGCUGAUGUAGUCUCUGGUUUAUGUGACCCUUUCUGUCUCUUGGGCUGGUAAUUACCUGGUGUCAUUGAUGUUCUUCAUUCUCCUUUGCUCCAUGUGGGUUGAGACCAAUUGAUGCAUCUUAGAUAGCUCCAGACACUGCUCUCCAAAGUGGGAUGCAGAAUGUUUUCUUAAUAGAUUUUAUUAUGUCAAUUGACUUAAAUGUUCCCUGAAGCCAUGGUCCCCAAAUCCCCGCCCCUGCUACCCUGGCCUCCAAAGCAUUCAGUUUCUUCAUGAAACCCCUUUGGUUUUGGUUUAGUCCAGUUGUGCUGACAUCGCUUGUAUUGUGUGUUGUCUUUCCCGUCACCUAAAGUAGUUCUUAUCUACCUCUCUCCCUCCCUCCCUCAUCUCAUAACCAUCGAAGAAUGUUUUCUUCUCUGUUUAAACUAUUUCUCGAGUUCUUAUAAUAGUGGUCUUAUACAUUAAUAUUACAUCUCUAGUAAGAUUUAUUCCUAAGUGUUUUGUCUUCUUGGGGGCUACUGUAAAUGGUAUUGAAUUGGUGAUUUCUUCUUCAAUGAUCUUUUUGUUGGUGUAGAGGAAUCCAACUGAUUUUUGUAUGUUUAUCUUGGAUCCCGAUACUCUGCUGAGCUCUUCUAUUAGUUUUGGUAGUUUUCUGGAGGAUUCCUUAGGGUUUUCUGUGUAUAAGAUCAUGUCAUCCACAAAAAGAGAUACUUUUACUUCUUCCUUGCCAAUCCAGAUGCCCUUUAUUUCUUUAUCUAGCCUAAUAUCUCUGGGUAGGACCUCCAGCACAAUGUUGAAUAAGAGUGCUGAAAAAGGGCAUCCUUGUCUGUUCCCCUAUCUCCAAGGGAAUGAUUUCAGGUUCCCUUUUCCAUUUAGGAUGAUGUUAGCUAUUGGCUUUGUAUAAAUACCCUUUAUUAUGUUGAGGAAUUUUCCUUCUAUUCCUAUUUUGCUGAGAGUUUUUAUCACGAAUGGUGUUGAACUUUGUCAAAUGCCUUUUCUGCAUCAGUUGAUAAAAUCACGUGACUCUUGUCUUUUGUUUCAUUUAUAUGAUGGACUACAUUAAUUGUUUUUCUCAUGUUGAACCAUCCCUGCAUACCUGGUAUGAAUCCCACUUGGUCGUGGUGAAUUUUUUGAUUAUUUUUUUGAAUUCAAUUGGCUAGAAUUUUGUUGAGGGUUUUUAAAGGAUCUAGGUUCAUGAGGGAUAUAUGUCUGUAAUUUUCUUUUUUUGUGGUGUCUUUACCUGGUUUUGGUAUCAGGGAUAUGCUGGCUUCAUAGAAUGAGUUUGGGAGUAUUCAGUCCUUUUCUAUGCUCUGAAAUACCUAAACUCUUCUCUGAAAGUUUGGUAGAACUCUUCAGUGACGUCAUCUGGGCCAGGUUUUUUUGUUGUUGUUGUUGUUGUUGUUGAGAUUUUUUGAUUACCUUUUCAAUCUUUUCUUUUGUUAUGGGUCUAUUUAGUUGUUCUACCUCUGUUUGUGUUAGUUUAGGUAGGUAGUCCGUUUCUAGAAAUUCAUCCAUUUCUUCUAGGUUUUCAAAUUUGUUAGAGUACAAUUUUUCAUAGUAAUCUGAUAUGAUUCUUUUAAUUUCAGUUGGGUCUGUUGUAAUAUUGCCCAACUCAUUUCUUAUUCAGGUUAUUUGCUUCCUCUCCUGUUUUUCUUUUGUCAAUUUGGCCAAUGAUUUAUCAAUUUUGUUGAUUUUUUCAAAGAACCAGCUUUUGGUCUACUUAAUUCUUUCAAUUUUUUUUUUCCUGUUUUCUAUUUCAUUUAGUUCUGCUCUAAUUUUUAUUAUUUGUUUUCUUCUGGUGCCUGAGGGUUUUCUUUCAUUGUAGGGAUACUUCUUUGAUUUUGGCCCUUUCUUCUUUUGGAUGUGUGCAUUUAUUGACAUAAAUUGGCCUCUGAACACUGGUUUUGCUGUGUCCCAAAGGUUCUGAUAGGAAAUGUUUUCAUUCUCAUUGGAUUCUAUGAAUUUCUUUAUUGCAUCCUUAAUGUCUUCCAUAAUCCAGUCUUUUUUGAGCAGGGUUUUGGUCAGUUUCCAAGUGUUUGAUUUCUUUUCCCUGCUUUUUCUGUUAUCGAUUUCCACUUUUUUGGCCUCAUGGUCAGAGAAAAUGCUUUGUAAUAUUUCAAUGUUUUGCUUUCUGCUAAGGCUUGCUUUAUGACCUAACAUGUGGUCUAUUCUAGAGAAUGUUCACGUGCACUAGAAAAGAAAGUAUACUUGGGUGCUGUUGGGUGGAGUGUUCUGUAUAUGUCUAUGAAGUCAAAUUGGUUGAUUGUGGCAUUUAGAUCUUCCUUGUCUUUAUUGAGCUUCUUUUGGAUCUCCUGUCCUUCACCAAAAGCCGUGUGUUGAAGUCUCCUACUAUUAUUGUGAAGCUGUCUAUCUCACUUUUCAAUGCUGAUGGAGUAUGUUUUGAGUCUCUUGCAACCCUGUCUUUGGGUGCAUAAAUAUUUAAUCUGGUUAUAUCCUCCUUGUAUAUUGUUCCUGUAGUCAUUAUACAGUGUCCUUCCUUAUCCUUUAUAAUGGUUUUAACUUUAAAGUCUAUUUUGUCAGGAAUUAAUAUUGCCACUCCUGCUCUUUUUUGAUUGUUGUUUGCGUGAUAUAUUUUUUCCCAUCCUUUCAGUUUUAGUUUGUUUGUGUCUCUAAGUCUGAGGUGUGUCUCUUGUAGGCAGCAUAUAGACGGAUCCUGUUUCUUUACCCAUUCUGCCACUGUCUGUCUCUUUACUGGUGCAUUUACAUUCAGUGUAAUUAUGGACAGGUAUGAAUUUAGUGCUAUUAUUUUGAUGUCUAUUUUUGUGUGUUGUCGACAGUUUCUUUUUCCCACUUAAUUUUUUGUGCUGAGUAGAUUAUAUAUUGUCUUUUCCUCUUAUUCUUUGACCAUUUUGUUUCUGCCGAGUCUCUAUUUUUGUCUUGUAUUUUAUUUUGAUGUGUAGGAUAGUUUGUCUCCUUUGUGGUUACCUUAUUCUUUACCCCUAUUUUUCUAAAUUUAAACCUAACCUUUAUUUCUUUGUAUCACCUUGUCUUCCUGUCCAUAUGAAAGAUCUAUGACUACAUUUCUUAGUCCCUCUUUGUUGUUUUAAUGUUGUCUUCUUUUAUGUAAUAGAAUCGCCCUUUCUCUCUUCUGAGCGUUUUUUAUCUUGGUUUAUUUUUGUGAUUUCCCUGUCAGGGUUGACUUCUGAUGGCUCUGCCCAGCAUUCUAGUCUUGGGUUGAUACCUGACAUUAUUGAUUUUCUAACCAAAGAACUCCCUUUAGUAUUUCUUGUAGUACUGGUUUGGUUUUUACAAAUUCCCUAAACUUCUGUUUAUCUGCAAACGUCCUAAUUUCACCUUCAUCUUUGAGAGACAGUUUUGCUGAAUACAUGAUUCUUGGCUGGCUAUUUUUUUCCUUCAGUUUUUUAUAUGUCAUCCCAUUGCCCUCUUGCCAGCAUGGUUUCUGCCGAGUAGUCUGAGCUUUUUUUUAUUGACUGUCCUUUGUAGGUGACACUAGCCAAUCUUAAAAUUCUCUCUUUAUCUUUGGUUUUGGCAAGUUCGAUUAUAAUAUGUUUUGGUGACUUUCUUUUAAAAUCUACCUCAAGUGAGUUCGAUGAGCAUCUUGGAUAGAUAUCUACUCAUCUUUCACCAUAUCAGAGAAGUUUUCAGCCAACAAAUCUUCAAGAAUUCUCUCUGAAUUUUCUUUUAUCCCUCCCUGUUCUGGAGCUCCAAUUACUCACAGGUUAUUUCUCUUGAUAGAGUCCCACAUGAUUCUUUUCUUCAUUUUUUAAAAUUCUUUUAUCUGAUUUUUCUUCAAAUAUAUUGGUGCCAAGUGCUUUAUCUUCAAGUUCACAAAUAUUGCUCAAUUCUUCUCCUCUGACUUUCUAUUGAAUUGUCUAAUUCUGUAAUUUUAUUGUUAAUCUUCUGAAUUUCUGAUUGCUGUCUCUCUAUGGAUUUUUCCAGCUUAUUAAAUUUUUCAUUAUGUUCUUUAAGAACUUUUUAAAUUUCUUCAAUUGUUUUAUUUGUGUGUUCUACGGCUUGUUCUGCAUUUUGCCUUAUCUUCUUCCUGAAGUCUUGAAGAGUUCCGUAUAUUAAUCUUUUGCUUUCCGCAUCUGGUAGUUCAAAGAAUACUCAUUCAUCUGGACAAUUCCGUGAUUCUUUGUUUUGAGAGCUUGUUGUGGCAAUCAUGGUCUGUUUCUUUAUGUGACUUGAUAUUGACAGUUGUCUCCAAGCCACCUAUAAGUUAUUUUAUUAGUUUGUUUUGUUUGCUUACUGUAUCAUAGCUUCUUUUUUUGUUUUGUUUUGGUAUAACCCUAUGGGUUGCUUGAAUGAGCUAGCUUGAUUAUUUUCACCUUUGGAGCUCUGACAUCCUCUCCCCAGAUGGCUAGAGCUGUUUUCAGGUAGCUUAGGUUUCCAGGUAGCUGAUCACCAAGUGUAUGGUACAGGCUCUGUCCUACAGUCUUGCAGGGGUAAGGGUGAUUGGUGUAGGUACUGGUAUCUGGUUGCAGCAAGUGGUCACACUCUGAACAAGGCAGGGGGCUGAGAAUCAUCCCCCAAGUCUCUCUGAAGAAAGCUGGUCCAUUUUUCCUGGAGUGUACAGGUGGGUGGGUUCUGCAGACAGACCAUGGGCACCCAAUGUUUUUGGUUGUAAGGACUGGGAGGUACCAGUUAUCCUUGGACCCCUGUUGCAGGUGACUGGGUGACCUGAGUGAAGCCACCAGUCCUUAUGCCCCUUAUGUGGGUUGGUGAGGACCCUGUGUAAUAGGCAAAGUGGUGUCAAACAUCAAACACCCACCUCUCCACCGCCCAGCUGAAAUAGUUGUAGUCUGCCAACAAGGGCCUAUUCUCCCGAAAUAUGCCCACAGAUGUCCAUGCAGAGAGUAAAGGUAGUCAAAGUCCAUGGACCAUUUAUGCCUGGACAGGAGCCGCUUCAGUCCUGAGCUCCCCAUGUUAGUGGAGCUGGCAAAUUAUCUUUUCCCUCAAUUUCAUAUUUAUUCCUUCUCCAGGGCCUGGAGGAUGGCUCUAGGUGCUCAACAGGACCUAUCUCGGGCCCAGGGAAUUCAGCCAUGAAGCCAUCUUGGGGGUGUGGUAGAAUAUACACAAGUACUUGGCUUUUGCUGAGAGUGACAUUCUUCUCUGGUUUCAGAGGUGUGAGCAGGCUGUGUGGCUGGCUGCUUCUCCCUGAGGAAACUGCAGCUGAACACUAGUACCAGUCCACCACAGCUGCUCCCGGGAAUGGUGCCUGAGGGCUCCUGGCCGUUCAGGUCUGGUAACUUCUCUCUGCUUCUGAAUUGUCUCUUCCUCCCCUGCCUCUCAGUUCGUUUUCUAACCUUGUCUGUGAUGUCCAGGGCUCCUAGCUUGUCAUGAAUGUACUCCUUUCACUUUUUUUCCCAGGUAUUUGUUGUAAGAGGGCUCGCCAGUUGCGUCUGUCUAUUCUGCCAUCUUGGCCCCACCUCCUCAUUUAUUUUUAUUUAUUUGUGCUUUAAAAGUGAAAGGUUACAAAUCAAGUCAGUCUCUCAUACAGGAAUUUACAUACACUUUGCUGUAUACUUCUAAUUGCUCCCCCCUUAAUAAGACGGCUCACUCCUUCCCUCCACUCUCUCUUUUAAUGUCCAUUCAGCCAGCUUCUGACCCCUUCUGCCCACUCAUCUCCCAUCCAGAUAGGAGAUGCCAACAUAAUCUCAUGUGACUCCUGAUCCAAGACACUCAUUCUUCACCAGUAUCAUUUUCUAUCCCAUCGUCCAGUCCAAUCCCUUCCUGAAGAGUUGGCUUUGGGAAUGGUUCCUAUCUUGGGCCAACAGAAGGUCUGGGGACCAUGACUACCAGGGUGCUUAAGUAUCAGUCAUACCACUAAGUCUGGUCUUUUUAUGAGAGUUUUUAGUGUGCAUCCCACUGCUCUCCUUCUCCCUCAGGGGUUCUCUGUUGUGUUCCCUGUAAGGGCAGUCACCUGUUGUAGCUGGGCACCUUAUAGUUUUUCUGGUCUCAAGCUGAUGUAGUCUCUGAUUUAUGUGGCCCUUUCUGUCUCUUGGGCUCAUAAUUACCUUGUGUUUGGUGUUCUUCAUUCUCCUUUGCUCUAGGUGAGUUGAGACCAAUCGAUGCAUCUUAGUUGGCUGCUUGCUAACGUUUAAGACCCCAGCUGCCACUCUCCAAGUUGGGAGCAGCAUCAUUAGUAAUUAAAGAAUUUCAGUUAAAACAUUAAUGACAUAAUUCUUUACAUCUAUUAGAAUAUCAUGUAGUUGGUAAGUAUGUGGAGGAACCUGAGUAUUCAUAAACUCCUACAGGGAAAUUAAAAUGGUAUAAAUACUUUAAAAAAUAAUUUCCUUUCAGCAUCAGGGUCUUCAAAAGCUAACCACAGUUUUAUCAUAAAAUUUAACCAUAUUACUCAUAUAUGUCUACCCAGGAGAAAUUACAGCAUUUUUCCUUACAAAGGCAUGUAUACAAAUGUCCAUAGCAACUUUGCAAAAGUCAAAAACUAGGAUCAACCCAACUGCUCAUCUACUUGAGGACGAAUAAGUAAAUUGCGGUAUAUUCAAGAAAAUGGAUACUACUCAACAAUAAAAACUAAUGAAUUAUUGUUACCUGCAAAUAUAUUGAUAAAAAGUACAAAUCAAUAAAUUGGACUUUGUCAAAAUUAAAACAACCCACACGUAGACAUUUAUUCCAGAGAAAUGAAAACUUAUUUUCAUACAAUAACAUUUACACAAAUUAGUAGAUAAAUGGUAACUUUGGAAAAGUGCAAGAUAGUACACAGUACUGGGGAAGUCAUGAUAAUUUGUUUAGGGCGAAGUCAUAGAAGCUUCAUAGACAUAUCCAAACCACCUGAGAGACUGAGCUACUGGGCUGAGGGGCUGGGGACCAUGGUCUCAGGGAAUAUCUAGCUCAACAGACAUAACAUAGUCUAUAGAGAAAAUAUUGUACAUCCAACUGUGGUGACGCUUGCAAGCAGGCAUCUAAAAUAUAUCUACUGGUCAUUCUGUUUGGAGCAAAGGAGAAUGAAGAGAACCAAAGGCACAAGGGGAAGAUUAGUCCGAAGGACUAAUGGACCACAACAACCACAGCAUCCACCAGACUGAGCCCAGGACAACUAGACAGUGCCCAGUUACCACCACCAACUGCUCUGGCAGGGGUCACAAUAGAAGGUCCCAGACAGAGAGGGAGAAAAAUGUAGAACAGACUUCAAAUUCACACACACACACACACACACACACACAGAAACCUGGCUUGUUGGUCUCACAGAGACUGAAGAAACCAUAAAAGUAUGGCUCCUGGACACCUUUUAAAGUCCAACACUGAAGUCACCCCUGAGAUUCACCCUUCAGCCAAAGAUUGGACAGGUCUAUGCGGCCAAAAAUAACACACAUGAGUGACGUACUUCGUAUUGCAAUCAUAAAUACAGGACUAGUGGGCACACUUGUUCAAAAGCAAAGAAGAGAAAACAGGAUGGGACAGAAAAAUUGGACAAAUGGAAACAGAGGCUAAGGUAAAGAAAGGGAGAGUGUUGACAUAGUACAGGGUUGGCAACAAAUGUCACAAAGAACUUGUGCAUUAACUGUUUAAUGAGAAACUAAUUUGCUCUGAAAGCUUUCACCUAAAUCACAACCAAAAAAAGAAAAAAAGGUUGAUAAAAACAUUAUUUAUAAUAGCUAAAAACUGGCAGCAACCCAAAAUUUCCUUCUGUGGGUGAAUGGUUAUGUAAACUGUAAUAAAUAGAUACAUGAUACAAUACUCUACAAUAAAAUGAACAAAUUAUUAAUACACACAACAGCAUGGAUGGACCUUAGUAGAGUCAUGUGAAGUGAAAAAAGUCUAUCUCAAAAUGUUGUUGCUUUCUGCCAUUGAGUUGACUUUAACUUAUGACAACCUUAUGUAUAACAGAACAAAAUGAUGCCCAGUCCUGGGCUAUCCUCAAAAUCACUGGUAUGAUUGAGUCCACUGCUGCAGCCAAUGUGGAAAUCCAUGUCACAGAGGGCUCACAUUCUCUUUGGCCCUUUACUUCACCAAAUAUGAUGUCCUCCUCCAGAAAAUGGUCUUUCCUGAUGACAUGUCCAACGCAAGAAGAUCGGACAAUGUUCUGUUGGAGACAACAAGAUAUUUACCAUUAAAAAAUUUUUGGUUCGUUAGGUACCAUGGAGUGGAUUGUGACUCAUAGUGACCUAUAGGACAGAGUAGAAAUGCCCCAUAGGGUUGCCUAGGCUGUUAUGAAUGCAGAUGGCAAGUUCUUUUUUCUCCAGAAUGGCUUGUGGGUUAAAACUGUGAACCUUUUGGUUAGCAGUGAAUUUUUAAACAUUGCAAUACCGGUGUUCCUUCCAUUAAAGAAUAGACAAGUAAAAAAAAAUACACACAUACAUAUACAUAUCAUUACAUAUCACAAAUAAGCAAAAAAAAAAGUCACAAAUGUUUACAUUACAAAUAUUUAAAAUGGCAAAAUGCAUCAAAAAGAUUUAUAGCAUAAUACAUAUAUAUUCAUAAUAAAACAUUACACACAAAAUACCACACUUUACAAGGUGUGAUGGUUAAGGUUGUGUGUCAACUUGUCUUGGCCAUCAUUCUCAGUGGUUUGGCAGUCCAAAGAUGUUGUGAUCACUUCCAUGAUGAGGUUCGAUAUAAUGUGGUUACCUCCAUGAUAGACUCUGCUCUGAGUAGCAAGUCAGUUGAAAGGAAGUUUCCUUGGGUGUGUGGUCUGAAUUGAAUAUAAGCAGACAUUCUGGCAAGGUUCAUUUGCUAUUGCUCACUUUGGGUCCUGUAGCUGGCUCCUGUUCAUCUGACCUCUGGUUCUUGGGAAUUGAGCCAGCAGCUUGCCUUCAGUAUUGCCUGCUGAUUUGGGGAUUCUUGGAUCUUCCCAGCCAGUGAGCAAGAGCCCUGCUGUUUGACCUGUAGAUGUUGGGUCAUCCAGCCCUUGCAGCUGCAUGAAUCAGGAGAAGCCUGUAUCCUGAUCUCGGGACUUGGGAUGUUCCAGCUUCAAUAUCCCUGUGAGCCAUUUCCUUGAUGUAAAUCUCUGUAUACACAUAUUUAUAUGCUUUACUGGUUUUGCUCCUCUAGAGAACCCAGCCUAAGACACAAGUGUAUAUUGACAUGGUACAGCAUAUGUCAAGCACAGCUGAAUAUGUGUGAAGGCAAGAAAGAUGUUUUGGGAUGAGGAUUGAACAGAAUGGAAAAGCAUACAAUAUUGAGAUGUAAUAAAGGAAGCAAAAAACCUAAACAGACAGAUGAUGGCAAUUGAUCAUCAAAUGAGAAGCAAGGGUAACAUUUCUGUUCUUUAGGUCAAAACAAAAUUAACAAACAAAAAAUAACUUGAAAAUAGCAAUAACAGCAACAAUAAUAAAAAUAGUAAGAGCAAACUAGGAAGUGAUACCUCACAUAUGCACAAUGCAAUAGUUUUAUUCCAUUUAAGUCUUUUAAAUAAUGUGAUAAGACAGUGUUUAAGCACUUCUUCGUUUUGUCAUCCGUUUGAAGAAACCACUGUAGAAAUAGAGAAUGUUGAUAGGUCUGUUAUACAGAUACGAUAUUUUAAUCCCGAUCCCCAUGUGGUAAAAAUGGAACGUUAACAAAGAGUAAAACAAAGGACUAUAUGAAACAGAUAAACAUAGACAUGCAUACACACUCUAUGAGUAAAAAUUUGGUCACUGGUGAAUACAAAAUAUACUGGACAAUUAACAAACGAAGGCCAGGUAUUUUGUUAAGCUUUCAAAUGCCUCAGGAACAAUCAGCAAAUUGUUUGGCAUCUCCUCAGGGAGGAUCUCCAUGGGUAAAAAAAAAAAAAAAAUCCAUAAAUUCUUCUUCCUCUGCCGUUUUAAGAAACACUUGGGAGAGGAGUCAAGACAGAGGCUUCAUUGCAGGUAAAAAGACUGUUUCCGUAUUUUACCAGUAUCCAGAAUGUUUCAUUGACCCUUGCAGGGUCCCACCUUUAUCCAAUGGCAAAGUCAUUGCAAAAUAUUAGGAUUUCUGAUUCAGUUCUGUGUGCGUUAUACUUUUCAAUAGUGCCUGAAGCUAGGAUCUCUCUCCAAUUUUUUGACAUAAUUUUUUUUUCAAAUCUUCACACUCUAUUUCAGAGGCUAAAUGCUAAGAAGCAUUUUGAAACAUUAUCAUUCCAUGUCUAAAUAUUUUUACUUCAUAUAAGUAGUUAUCUGAAUAAAGUUAACAGAAAAAAACAAAGUCCUGGAGUCAGUUUUGCCUCAUAACUGCCCCCUGGGUAUCAGAGACCCGUGCUCCACAGGUUUUUCAAUGGCUGUGACCUUCCAGAAGUAGAUCUUUCUUUCUUCAAGGUGCCUCUGAGUGGACUCGACCCACCAGCCUUUCAGUCUGUAGCUGAGUGCUUAAGUGUUUUUGCCACCCAGGUGGCCUAAUUAUGUGAAUAAUAGAGCUCCAAUAUGAAAGUAAAGGAAGCAUAUACAGUAUUAAAAAUACUGCAGCAGAAUUAUGAAGCUGCAGGUAUUCAGUUUCUAGCAUUGGUGUUCUUCAAAAUCCUCAGUUAUAAGCUGCCUCUAGGCUCUUAUGUACCUCUCAAGUGUAAUUUAAUAUUUAAUGCAUAUUUAGAUAACAGUACAAAUGUCCAUUUUUCCUAAUCUCUUGAUGAAGAAACAAAUAAAUUUCCAUCUCACACCUCGUGUUGAGAAGUGAAAAGCAAUUUUUGGAGUUUAGGAAACUUUUAAUUACCUAGUUUUUUUUUUUAUGGUGAUAGUAUAAUAUAUACCAUAUUCUUCAAUUUCCAGUAGAAUCUGGCAGGAAGAAGACAUAAUUUUUUCAAAGAGCAUAGCUGUGUAAAAUGAAUUAAAUGCUCAACAAAUACAGUAAACUAUGGAAAAUAAUUUGGUGCUCUCCGUGGAACUCCAAAGCCGAUGGGAGGAAGUCCUCUUAUCUCCUCUUAACUUAUAGGAAAAGCAGCACUUACCAAUAUAAGUAUUUUUGUUCUUCAGCCUUUCAUCAUUGCAACUCGACAAGAUUUACAUUGCUUUUAUUGUAUUCAUUGAAGAUAGUUGAUUUCCUAAUUAUAAUAUCUACUAAUACCCAAUUCAGUACCUCUUAAAAAAAAUUUUUAGUGUGCUUUAAGUGAAAGUUUACACAGCAAAUUAAUUUUCCAAUCAGAAACUCUUACCAAAAACUGUGUCCGCACUCUUCUCAUUUCCUUCCUGGCUCCCUGUUUCCAUUAGUCAGGUUUCCCUGUCCCUCCCUGACUACUUGCCCUUUUGGUCUCCUGUAGUUGAUCGAAGUUAUUGUUUAGCAGCCCCGUCUGUUAUUGGCCUGAAAGGUGGCCACCAGGGGUGUCUGUAGUUUCACAUUAGAAGAUUGUCUUAAGAAAAUAGUCUCAGGGGUUUCUCCAGCCUCUUUCAAACAAGUAAAUCUGGUCUUUUUUGUUUAUUUAUUUUUGAAUUUGAAUUUUUUUUUUACAUUUUUUCCCCCAUUUUGCUCCAGGCUUUCUAUUGUGAUCCUGGUCAGAGUGGUACCAUCUAGUCCUUCUGGUCUCAGGUUAGAGGAGGCUGUGGUUCAUGUGGGCCAUAUGUCCUUUGGACUAAUUACUUCCUUUAGUCUUUGGUUUUCUUCGUUCUCCUUUGUUCUAGGUGGAAAGAGGCCAAUAGUUUUUUUUUUUUUUUCUGACAUAAGCAAUGUGUGUACAGGGUCACAACCUUGUAAGCAAUGUUUUAAAUGAGAUAGUGUAUUUCCUGUGCAACCAUUUUAUUAUUUAAUAUGAUACUAUUGUAUUUUUCUAUUUGUUUGGUUAUUCUUGAUUCAGAGGCUGCUGGUAGUGCUAUUUUCAUGUAAGUAGUAUCAUUUCAAACCUUUCGUUCUUUUACCUUAAACUGCCAUCCUCAUCCUUCUCUGGCAUUUUUUUUUUUUAAUCUGUGGCUUAUUAGGGAUACAUAUAUACAUUUUAAUUUAAAUAUACAUGUGUUUAUAUGCAUUAUGUACUAUAUAAUAGCUUAAACUAGAGGAUUUCUUUAUCCAAAUGGAAUUUUUAAAUGAAAUUUUGUUAUAUAAAAUCAGUGACAUGGACCUUACUUUCUCCCAAUUUGUUCAAAUUUUCUCUCACUGUCUUAGAUUCUUCCAUGAGAAACUAUAUCUCAUUUGUUACAAACAAUUUAGUAUAUUAGUUAUAAUGAAAAUGCUCCUAGGUUAGGACAUAUUUUAAGUAAAUUUAUAUUCAAAUGCACUGCUGACUCAAAAGUGACCCCAUAGCUGUAAAUAGGCUAUAAAUCUCUAUGGAAGCAGACUGCCACAUCUUUCUCCCAUGGAGCCACUGGUGGUUUUGAACCGCUGACCUUUAGGUUAGCAGUCCAUCAACUUAUAUUAAAAUGUAUUAAGAAGAUGUAUCAUCCAGAAGAUUGGCACAUCGAUGGUCCAAUUUUAGUCAUGGAGUUGAGGAUGCAGGAGGGAAGGGCUGGGCUCAGUUACAUGGAUAACAAACUACUCAACCUACUUAUCAUCAUAACCCUGACAUAGAAGCUAGAUCACAGUAGGAGAAUUUGCAUAUGCAUAUGUAAAGAAAACACCUUUCAGGUAACUUACUGUCAUCAUUUGUCAUUUAAAAAAAAAAACAUCACUAUAUACUUGAUAUUUGAGACUUAUGUCCUGAUAUCUUAAAUGCAUUGAAACAUUUAAUCCUCAUUUUUUUUUCCAGCAACACUGAAGGGAAGUGGUCAUUUUGCACUUGUGAAUAAAGAAAUUAAGGUAUCUUUUUUUUUUUUUAUUCUAUAACCCACAAAGCCAAAACCAAACCCAUUGCCACUGAGUUGAUUCCAACUCAUAGUGACCCUAUAGGACAGAGUAAAACUGCCCCAAAGAGUUUCCAAAGAGUACCUGGUGGAUUUGAACUGCCGCUCUUUUGGUUAGCAGUCGUAGCACUUGACCACUAUGCCACAAACUUUUCUAUUACCCACAAGCUGAGGUAUAAAAAAGACUAUAUCUGUAUGGGUCUACCACCUGGAAUAAUUUCCUGUAUAAAGACAGACUAUCCCCACCACGAUCUAUUAGAUUUUCCUUGUGUUCAAUACUUGUCAAGUAUGUUGUUUCCGACUGUACCACCUGUGGCACAAGGGCUUUUACAGGACUAUGUUUUGAAGUAAGGGAUACUAAAUGUUUCCACACAUUCUGGGAAUUUGCAUUUUGAAAUGUUUUUAAUGAAGUUAACAUACAUAUUAUAAUUUUAUACAUGUCAUUAUGUAAUUGUCAGUAUUGUAAAUGAAAAAAGAAAGUUUUGUAACCACCCAUAUACCUAACACAUCUAAAAUUUUUUACUUUUUUUAUUUUUGCUUCAUAUAUCUAUAUGUAAAAAAAGAAAACCUGUUGCCAUCGAGUUGAUUCUGACUCAUAGAGACCUUAUAGGACAGAGUAGAACUGCCCAAUAGGUUUUCUAAGGAGCAGCUAGUAGAUUCAAAAAGCUGACUUUGUGGUUAUCAGCCAAGCUCUUAACCACUGCUCCACCAGGAAUCCCAUCAAGGUAUAUGUAUAUGUACAUCUACAUCUACGUGUACACGUACACAUAUGCCUUCACCUACAUCUUUAUCUGUGUCUAUCUCUAUCUCUAUGUCUGUAUCAGGGCUUUUCAACUUCCGCCAUAGUGACAUUUUGGACUGGAAAUUUUGUUAUUGUGUGGGGUUACUCUGUAUAUAGUAGAAUUUUUAAUAACAUCCCAGGCCUCCAUUAGAUACCAGUAGUACCCUUCUCCUAGUACUGACACCCAAAAUGUCCUAGGCAUUGACAAAUGUUCCAUGGGCAGCAAAUUUUCCUCAAUUGAUAACAAGUUAGAUUUUUCUUUCUUUCCCUCUAUCUUUUUUUCUUUCUUCAUGUACCUAUACUUUACUUGUGGGAGGCGGGUUUACUUUCAAAAACCUGUAUUGGAAGUUUGGAUUUAUCUUAUUCAUUUAGCAUAUUGCCUUUGUAUACUAAAAAUCUACCAGAUGAUGCUACAUAAAACCGAUUGACUACGCUGAUAUCUCUAUCCAGAACAGGUUUCCUGAUAGACCAAGAUGGAAAAGCAAAAUCUAACAAUGCUAAAUGAAUUCCUUCUGAUGGGAAUCACAGAUCACCCUGGGCUCCAGGCUCCGUUGUUCGGGCUGUUCCUCAUCAUCUACACGAUCUCAGUGGUGGGCAACUCAGGCAUGAUCAUCCUCACCAAGACAGACUCCAAGCUACAAACACCCAUGUACUUUUUUCUCAGACACCUGGCUAUCACUGAUCUUGGUUAUUCAACAGCUGUGGGACCCAAAAUGCUAGUCAAUUUUAUUGUGGAUGAAAACACUAUCUCCUAUUAUUUUUGUGCUACACAGCUAGCUUUCUUUAUUGUGUUCAUAACUAGUGAACUUUUUCUUCUGUCAGCAAUGUCUUAUGACCGCUUUGUGGCUAUCUGUAACCCUCUGCUCUACACAGUCAUCAUGUCACAAAGGACUUGUUGGGUGCUGGUGGCAAUACCCUAUCUCUACAGCACAUUUGUUUCUCUUCUGGUCACCAUAAAGAUUUUUAAUUUAUCCUUCUGCGGCUACAAUAUCAUCAAUCAUUUCUACUGUGACAAUCUCUUCUUGUUAUCCUUGCUCUGCUCAAACACACAUGAAAUUGAAUUGAUCAAUCUCAUCUUAGCAUCUUUUGAUUUGAUUUCAUCUCUUCUAACAGUUCUUGUUUCUUACCUACUCGUUUUUGUAGCCAUUCUCAGGAUGAAGUCAGCUGAGGGCAGGCACAAGGCUUUCUCCACCUGUGGAUCCCAUCUGACAGUGGUGGUAGUGUUCUAUGGGACUUUAAUCUUUAUGUACAUGCAGCCCAAGUCCAGUCAUUCCUUUGACACUGAUAAAGUGGCUUCCAUAUUUUACACCCUGGUUAUCCCCAUGUUGAAUCCCUUGAUUUAUAGCUUGAGGAACAAAGAUGUAAAAUGUGCCCUACAUAGGACAUGGAAAAAAAUACGCAAUGUAUUUUCUAGAGUUUGAUGCAGCAUAUGAUUCCUACAAAUUACACCAUGAACUCAAACCUUGUCUGUGUGCCUCCAUAGGGAACAGUGAGCACAAAUAUAUUCAACAUAUAUUUAUAAAUUGCCUUCUACAUGCUAGUCACUCUUCUAAGUGCAUUGAUGAACAAAAGAGUACAAACUGGUACCUUUCUUGAAGGAAAGAGAUGGAUCACAAACAAUAAUUAAGAACAAUCUAUAGUACAGUAGAAUGUGUUAGGACCCUUGUGGUGCAGCAGUUAAAUUGCUUGACUGCUAACUGGAACGUCAGUGUUUCAAAAAACCAGUUGCUUCUUGGGAGAAAAUUGAAGCAAUCUGCUUCCAUAAAGAUUUUCAGCCUUGGAAACCCUAUGGGACAGUUCUAUUCUGUCCUAUAAUGUUGCUAUGAGUCAUAAUUGACUCAACAGCAGUGCAUUUGGUUUUUUUGAUAAUGUGUUAAAAAAUACCAAACCCAUUGUCCUUGAGUCGAUUACUACUCACAGCAACCCUGUAAGACAGAGUAGAACUGCCCCAUAGGGUUUUCAAGGAGUGGGCAGUGGAUUUGAAUUGCCGACCUUUUGGUUAGCAGCCAAGCUCUUAACCACUGCACCACUAGGGCUCCAGGAGAAUGUGUUGGGAAUCAUGAAAUUAGGCAAGGAGAGUGGAUAUGCUGAGUGGAAGUGGGAAAAAGUACUAGGUACAAAAGUGGAGAUACAAAGAUUCUGGUGUUUUUUUUUUUCAAUUAUUAAACUUUUCAGUGUCAGCACUUGUGUUUAUGUAUGUGUGUGUGUUUGUAAGCCUUUGCCUUCUGUUUUAGUCUUCAAAGUCUUCUGAAGGCUGCAUUAGAUCAGGGCCAGGUUGCGAGGAGUCUCAGAGUAUAUGGCGAUUUAAAGUACUCAGUUGCAUGAAUUGCUUAAAUGCCCCCAUUGCAGAUCUUGGAGUUCUACCCUUUACCCAUUAAUGCCUUUACUUUCACAUGUAAAUCUGUUUACUCAACAUACCUUGAAAUUUUUGCAGUUCAAAAGUUCAGCUCUGCAUCUGACUUGUUUUUGCCUAGAUCAGAAUAUACACCAGUUAAGAUAAAUUUCUUGAGGCCAACCAUAGAGGCUCCCAGGUUUGAAAUCCAUCCCCUGCUGGUUGUUCUUUCUUAAUAAUUAUCUUUUUUUGUUUAAUGGAUGAUCCUUUCUUAUCUAUAUCAACAACUUUUUAAGUUGUUUGUUCAAUUACUUUCUGUGUAUCUCCUUGGGUAACAGGAUAGUCUAUGACGAGUUAAGUUUGCUGCCUCUCUUUCAUUGGUUUGGCUUUCCUAAACUUUGGUAAAUAUUUAUUAUGAAUUUUAUUUGCAUUGACUUUUGUCCACCCUACUUGUGAGCGACAAAAUGAGAUAAUCCCAUGGUUUGUGCUUACCUGUAUUUCUAAUUCAAGUAAGACCUUUUAUGUGGUAAGGAUAUAGUUAUCUAGUUUUACGGACAUAGCUGCAGCAUGUUAAAACCCACUGCCGUCGAGUUGAUUCCGAUGCUCCUUAAUUUUUUCCAUGUAUUUUUGUUUAUUGUUAUUAUUUUAAAAUUUCUAGUAUUUUUUUGAAACUUCAAAAGUCUAAAUUAUUUUCUUGGCACAUGAUCAUGAAAUAAAAUUCUCCGUGUAGCCAAUGAAACUUGAAUAAAAAUAGUCCAUUGGAAUAUAAAAAGGUGCACGGUUUAUUGUCAUGUGAGCAUAAAUAGUUUAAAAAUGUUAAAGUACUUAGAAGGCUAUGAAGGUCAUGAGCACUAAACCAAACAAAACCCCGUUGCCAUCGAGUGGAUUCUGCCUCAUAGCAACCCUAUAGAACAGAGUAGAACUGCCCCUAUAGGGUUUCCAGUGAGCAGCUGGUGGGUUUGAACUGCUGACCUUUCGGUUAGCAGCAGAGUUCUCAACCACCACGCCAAUAGGG